CAGCCGCGAAGGAUGGGCACAGGAGACAGAUUACUUGAUAUACUGUGUAAUGUAUGCGGUGAUCGUAGCUCCGGAAAACACUACGGCAUCUACAGUUGCGACGGUUGCUCAGGAUUUUUCAAGAGGAGCAUUCACAACAGACGAGAAUACAUUUGCAAGGAACAGGGUGCUAAGAAAGGGCGCUGCCCCAUUGACAAGACGCGUAGGAACCAAUGCCGUGCUUGCCGUCUUGCUAAGUGUUUUGCAGCUAACAUGAACAGGGACGCAGUGCAACAUGAACGUGGCCCGAGGAAACCAAAGCCUCAUUCGAUGCACUCGGACAAACAAUCGCCGAUUGGAUCACCGAUACACAACGAUCGAUUAAGAUCUAGCUCCAGCUAUAUUCUAUCGCCUCAUAGGAGGUUCCGGUGCGACCAGAGGUUUACGCCUUAUCCACGACCAGUGGGUCUGGUGCAGAAACCACCGGAGGACUCUCAAUCCCCUGUACCGCUGGCUCUGUCGCAUUCUCCUUCGACCACGACCCUCUAUUCGGCACACCCAACCGUCACCCUGGCACCGCAACCAUCCCUUCUUCAGAUACUAAUGUCCGCCGAGAAGUGUCAGGAACUCGCAUGGAAUGCACGACUACAACCGGAAUCCGAAUAUUCCCUGGAGCAAACAGAAACCAGUCACAAUUCGACGGGGACAUUACAAAAUCUUACUCCUAUUCGGGAACUGUUACAGGAAACAACUGCUCGGCUAUUGUUCAUGGCCGUGAAGUGGGUUCGAUCUUUGCCACCUUUCCUGGCGCUUCCAAAGAACGAUCAAUUAUUAUUGUUGGAAAGAUCCUGGACGCAACUAUUCCUCCUGCAUCUCGCUCAGUGGUUCAUAUCCUGGACUGAUAUCAGGUUUCUGGAGAACGAACAAAUACGAGGAAGAUUGCCAAAAGACGAGGCCUCCACGAACCAAGAUUUUAUUACCAUUCAGUCCAUAAUAUGCCGUUUUAGACAACUCACGCCCGACGUCGGCGAAUGUGGAUGCAUGAAAGCAGUUGCGCUCUUCACUCCAGAAACGGAGGGUCUGCAGGCCAUCGAGUCGGUCAGAAUGUUGCAAGACCAGGCCCAGUGCAUUUUAGGGGAUUACGCGACGUCUCAUUAUCUACAGCAACCGGGUAGAAGCGGGACGCUAAUGUAUCUGGUCGGUUACAUGAAAUCCGUCUCUUCGAAGACGGUCGAGCGUUUGUUUUUCCACGAGACCAUAGGCGAGAUCCCCAUAUCUCGUUUGCUGGUCGACAUGUAUCAAAUGUGA